AAUGCCUUUCGAGCUUUCCACCUCCUGGUGUGAAUAAUGUCAGCAAAAAUUGCUGAACCUGCAAGAGUAGGGAAGAUAAUCACAACUCGGUAUUGCUUCCAGAAUCUCCAAAUUUUCGUAAGUGAUGCCAUACACCGCAACCUCACCAUUAUCAUGUAUCCGUAUAUCUUCGUGAAUAGCAGGAUGCCCAAUGUUCUCUGAGAAUAUGAAUACAAUACGUUGAUAGAACUCGUACUAGUUACUCGAUGUUUGUGUUUAUAGUACUUAUUAUGUAUUUCAGGAAGUCGCUGAAAAUGUGAUUCAUUUUUAUAUUUAACUGAAGUAGUAUGCAGAUGCGUAAUUACCAUUUAAAAUUGUACGUUCGAAUUACCAACAAUGAAUUCUAAUGUUGUUGGUCCUGUAAAAUUGCGUAACUUGACACUUGGAGCAGUUGUAGCAUGUGGUCUGUACGUUCUGUUUCAGAACUUUAGUAGGAGUCAUGUUAAAGAGUGAACAUCUGAGAUGUGUGAAAGUGGAAAAUAGUGUGAAAUAGGUGAUAUGUAACAUUUUCUCUACUUCACAAGCGUUAUCGAUCAACAGAAGUUUUCGAUCUGCAUGUUGCUUCUCGAAGAUCACUUCUUUAUGAUCGAGAAGGAAUUACUGUUUGGUGAAGUGCAAUUACAGUUUAAAUCCAGGAAGUUUUAAAAAGCAAAAUGAAACCAGAAGAUGGACCUUGGAUUUCUCUUCCAUCCAAACAUUAUCCCGAGGUGUAUUACUUUAACGUAUUGACGGCCGAGUCGAGAUGGGAAAAACCUCCAAGCUUUUGUGAACCUGUUGACGAUAGUGAAAAUUUGCAAUGUAUUGCAAAACCAACCACACCAGAAAGAAAAGGAAAUAGUUACAUUGUGGAGUCUCUAUCGCCAAGUACAUCCCCUAAGAAGCCGCCUAAUGAGAGCAAAUCGCCGUCGAAAGUUCAACUGAAGGGAGGAAGAGAAAAAAGAAGUAAAAUUAUCCUUCAGAGGAACAGAAGUCAAAUAAGCGAACUUUUAUCUUUGUCAAAAAAGUGUAUUGAAGUUAAACAAAAGCUAACAAAGGAUGUUAAUGAAGCUAAAUCUAAACCAGAAGUGGAUUUGAAAAGUGAUGUGCGCCAUUCAGUUUCUAAGAUAUCUAAAUCAAAUGAUGGGGAAGAUAUAAUUCAAAAAGCUAAAAGUGAAGAAAGGUUGCAAAGUUCAGAUAAGAAGUCAUAUGACUCAAGUGUGGCUAGUCAGAAAAUCCCACAUUCUGAACAACGUACAGAGAAAGUUGCAAGUGAGAGAACUUGGGGACAGCAUAAGAGAGAUUUUCCGAAGCCAACCAUUACCAGGGAGAGAAGCGAAACGAUGCCUAGGAGAGGCAAAGUACCAGAUGCCCCUGUUGUGUAUGGAGUUGCAUCUUUGAGAAUGGAACUUCUUAAGAAGCAACUUCGUGAGGAUCGCCACAAAAAAUGCCAGCGUCCUCAAUCAGACUGGGCUGAAAAUAGUUCAGAAAAGGAAUGGCAAACUGGCCUCUUAAAUCGAAGGAAUAGACUAGUUGAAGAAAUUAGGCACCCUGAAGUUCCUUCAUAUUCCUCCUCUUCAAACAUGAGACCAAAUUAUUGUUCAGGCUUGGGGAAUGAACCACUUAGAGCUAGGCUAGAUAGCUUUCCCUCUAGAAGCUAUUCUCAGGUUCCAUCAGGGCCCUUAACAAAUCGUUAUUUGCCUAAGGAAUAUAUAAAACCCUGUCUUAAUCGGGAUUAUUAUUACUCCAAAGAGUAUAAUGACAAUUUCCUUCAUCGACAGAGGUAUUCAGAAUAUAUUCCAAGUGCUACUCCUAAUGAUCAGUUAAAAACGCAAACUUCAUUGCAUGCAGUUAAACCAUAUAGUAAAUCUGCGUUGUCAGGAAAUUACAGUCUUCCAAAUUGUGAUAAAACCCCUUUUUCAAAUUCCUGCAUUCGAAGUGGUUCUCCUCCAAUGUCCACGUGCAACAUACUGCAGAAGUAUUCUUUUCCGGAUAAUGAGUUCAAAAGAACCUUUAGUGAUACAAAUAAAUAUUACUUAUCGGAGUCAGAGAAAAAAUUUUUCCCCAAUAUGGAAAUAAGUGUUCUGCCGAGAACAAAACCUGUCAAUCAAUUAGUAAAAUAUAGUGAAGUAUUGCCUUGUGAGCCAUAUAAUAAAACAGGAUUAGUUAAAGAUAGGAUCAGUUCUUUGGAACAUGGAAGAAACUUUCCAAGUAUUAAUGUUUCCAAAACUCCAGCCAUGGAUCGAUUGAGAAAUUACAAACCUCUUGAAGUUAAUUCUUUAAGCAAUCAACAUCGUGGAGACUAUUUUAUUUUACCUAAAUUUAAUUCUGAGAUAGGACCUUUUACUUCUACGUCAGAUGCACUUUUCAGUGGGAAAAAGUACAACUGUGAAUCUUCAAGGGAUGUAACAACAGACUCUCUAAAUGGCAGUCAUCAACAAAAGCCAACCUAUGAAGUGCUUCCGAGCUAUUCUUCAGCUUUGAGGAACCGUGCUAAAGAUGCCGAGGCAGAUUGGGAAGCAAACGAAGUUGUUCUCAGUGCCUGGGAAUGGAGCUCCCGGGGAUUUGUUAGAGAUUACAAUCACAAAAGUAUUAAUGUUAGUGACCAACGUAAUGCUGGUAGAGAUUCCUCUGAGAAAUGCCUGCCUAGGUUUAAGGUUAAAAUGAUAUCAGCAAGUGAAGAAAAAGUAACAAAAGAAAGUAGUAGUAUGCCUUCAGCGAGUUCAACUUUAUCCAAAAAAUCUUCCCGAUUAGAUCCUUCGUUUUCCGGUUACCCAGAAAGAUCAGGAAUAAAUUUUGAAAGGCUAUCAUUACCGAAAAAGAUGACUCACCUUUCUUCAAUGAGAGACAGGUUUGAUUCUGAGCUUGAAAAGACAGUGAAAGGUGAAACUAAUACUAAAAUUGGUUUAGAAGUAGAUUAUCAAGUAUCUUAUGAUAAUAUUCGUUCAGAAACACCUGGACAAAACAAAAACUCUCACAACUCUCAAAGUAGCAAAACAUUACUUCAAAAAAUGCUCAAACAGAAAUCCCAUGAUUCAAAAGGUGGGAUUACAAAGAUAAACAGGAGAGUUCAAAAGCAAGUUAGAUCUGCUGCUCCAAAAUUAAUACACUGGUCUUCUGAAAGUAUUAAAAAUAUAUUGGAAUCAUCCCCCCAGCAGAAAGAUCAAAGUAGCAAAACAGGACACACUAUUAAACUUAUCAAGGAGGAGGAGGAGGAGAUGGAUUGGGAACCUAUUGAACCUGAGAAAGUAGUUAAGCAGGUUGAAGCACUAAGAAAAGAAGGUGGUUUUCAAAACGCUGUUAACCCUGAACUAGUGAAUCUGUGCAAUAUGGAUAUUGACAUCGCAGUGGUCACAUCGCAGUGGUUUGUUGUUUUGGACACGAAUGUGCUAUUAAGCCAUUUGACCUUCGUGCGUGGAUUGCGUGAUAUGAAGGAUGCAGAGCUGGGAAUGCCUACUUUAUUUAUACCGUGGGUUGUCCUUCAGGAAUUAGACCAUUUAAAAUCUACACAAAAAAAAGUGUCCUUGCAAAGUUAUGCUAGAAGAGCGAUUAAUUUUAUCUAUGAAAAUCUAGUGAAUAAACAUCCUCGAGUAGGAGGGCAGCCUAAAGCUGAAGCUGAUGAGUAUGAUGCUUUGGAACCCGAUGACAGUAUUCUGCAGUGCUCCAUUAAUUUGCAAAAAUAUUCCAGUAAAGUUUUAUUAUUAACCAAUGACCGCAAUUUAUUCAACAAAGCAGUCGUAAAUGGAGUAGAAUGUUGUUCUGCCCCUAAGUUAACACAAGAAUUGGAAAGUCGUCGCAAGUUGUCUUCACCAUCUACGUCAUCUUGUAGCAUUUUGGAUGACACCAAACUUCCUUUUCACUCAACUGUACAAACUAUUAAACAAUGUGUUGGAGUAGUUCUUGAAGAGUUGCUGAGAACAGAAAUGGUAUUGGUGUAUGAUAGAAAAUGGUCAGAAAUAGUUGUUAGAAAACCACCAUGGACCUUAAAUGAUAUACUUUUCUGUCUAUUGAAACAUUGGGUGGCAGUUUUUCGUCUUGUGUUACCUUCAGCAGCUCGAGAAUUGAUUGAAAAAAUACGAACGUUUGUGAACAAUGAAGUGUAUGAAACUACUUUAGAGAGUGUGGAGAGUUUGGUGAAGACUAGCACAGCCUUAAUGCAUUUAGUGUCUUCUCUCUCUUAUAAACAAUAUGUUGAUAAUGCUUUAAAAACAUUAAACGAAUUGCAGUCCUCAUUGAAGAAAGAACAUACAAAAUUGUCUCUCUCUACCCAAGCUAAAAGUCCUUUUGUUCACAUGGACAAGGUUGACAGUAACCUUAGCAAUGUUUCUCCAUCUACUAUUCAACUUGACGAUUCUGAUGCUGCAAGUGUUUUGUCCAAAGGUGAACAGCUCGCCAGAAGUACAGGCUCUGGUAUUGAUAGUAGAGAAAAUGGCGGCAGCAGCAGCAUUACUGAUUCUAAGAUUGAUACUGAUGAUUGUCUAAGUCUUUUUGCCUCGUCUUUCUCAGACGACAUCGGGAAUAAUCAGCUGUCAGAUGGUUGCAUUGAAAGAGGGCAGGAAUUAACUCACAAAUAUCUGAAUAAAAUUUGGGAAAAGAUUGCCAUUUAUUGUGGUAUGCUGUGUGAUGUAAUGGGUGUGGAACCUUGUGUGCCAUAUCAACCACCUGAACCAUUUCCUGCUGUAGAAACUCUGCAUCAGAAUAUGCUCUUUUUUGUCAAAUGUGUGAGCACAUUGCUGCGCUGCAUGGAAGGGAUAUUAUUCUGUCCACCAAGUGAAUUGCAGGAAAAUAGUCCAAUUCUCCUAAAUUUUUAUAACACUAUUAAAGAAUCUCUUUCUACAUGGAGUGAACUAGGAGAAGUUUUGUUGCCACAACAUGUUUUAAUGUAUUGCUCACAAACUAAUUCAAGGCAACAACUUGAACAUGGCAAAAAACAAUUUGAACAAUUUGAAGCAGUUCUGAAUCAAGCUGUGACCUUUUUCAUGAGGCAGAACCAGUCUGUGACUUCUUUGCCUUUAUUUUGAGUAAGUGUAAUAUAUGUGGAGGAAUUCCCACGGUAUAGAACUAAAUAUUUUUUACCAAAGAGAAAUAAAUGAAGAAUGAUGUUCUUGAAUAUUUUUUGUUAAUAAAAGAAUAUGCCAAUUAUUAGAAUGCUAAUUCUAGGCACAAAGAAAAUAUCCUCAAGCGUUCUUUACUCUUCCUUUAUACCCAUUUUUUUUUUCUUUCUUUAAUCUGAAAUAACAGAAAUUAUACAGGUAUAUAUUCUAAAUAUAUCUUGAUAAAUGGUGUUCAUUGUAUU